GAGCUGCGCGGCGCAUGCGCGGUAUGUGUGGCUGGGGAAUUCAUGUGGAGGUCAGAGUGGAAGCAGGUGUGAGUGGGUCCAGCAGAAGGAGACAUGGCUGCCAAGGUGUUUGAGUCCAUCGGCAAGUUUGGCCUGGCCUUAGCCGUUGCAGGAGGCGUGGUGAACUCUGCCUUGUAUAAUGUGGAUGCUGGGCACAGAGCUGUCAUCUUUGACCGGUUCCGUGGCGUGCAGGACAUUGUCGUAGGGGAAGGGACGCACUUUCUCAUCCCUUGGGUACAGAAGCCAAUUAUCUUUGACUGCCGCUCUCGACCACGUAACGUGCCAGUGAUCACUGGUAGCAAAGAUUUACAGAAUGUCAACAUCACCCUGCGUAUUCUCUUUCGGCCGGUCGCCAGCCAGCUCCCCCGCAUCUUCACCAGCAUCGGGGAGGACUACGACGAGCGCGUGCUGCCCUCCAUCACCACAGAGAUCCUCAAGUCCGUGGUGGCUCGCUUUGACGCUGGAGAACUGAUCACCCAGAGAGAGCUGGUCUCCAGACAGGUGAGCGAUGACCUCACGGAGCGAGCAGCCACCUUUGGGCUCAUCCUGGAUGACGUGUCUCUGACGCAUCUGACCUUCGGCAAGGAGUUCACAGAAGCGGUGGAAGCCAAACAGGUGGCUCAGCAGGAAGCAGAGAGGGCCAGAUUUGUGGUGGAAAAGGCUGAGCAGCAAAAGAAGGCAGCCAUCAUCUCUGCCGAGGGCGACUCCAAGGCGGCGGAGCUGAUCGCCAACUCUCUGGCCACUGCCGGCGAUGGCCUGAUCGAGCUGCGCAAGCUGGAGGCCGCGGAGGACAUCGCGUACCAGCUGUCGCGCUCCCGGAACAUCACCUACCUGCCAGCCGGCCAGUCGGUGCUCCUCCAGCUGCCGCAGUGAGGCCCGCCCCUCCCGGGGCCACCGGACCCCAGCCCCGGUGAUCUCAGCCGCUCCUUCCUUCUCCCACCCCAGAAAUCACUGUGAAACUUCAUGAUUGGCUUAAAGUGAAGGAAAUAAAAGUAAAAUCACUUCGGAUUUCUAAUUACUCUAUCAGACGAAGCUCUUUCAUUCCUCUCAUUUCCAUCCCCUCUUUUUAUCCACCUCCCCACCAAAAAUUGCCAAGUGCCUAUGCACACCCGCUUGGCUCCCAUCUCGGGGGCCUGCUGGCGCUCCCACCUAGGCACUGGCAAUGGGCAGAAGAGAGGCAGGGCUGUGAGUGGGACGAGCCGGGCAGGACGCUGGUGGCCUCCAACCGAUCAGUCAUUCAAGACCUGAGGCCCAUGCAGCUGAACUGCGAACACAGGCCUUGGUUUUUUUCCAGUGGUCCCUGCACAGAGAGGUGCUGGGGAGGGUCCGAGAGGAAGCGAUCUAUCUCUCAGCAUAAGGCUGAUUCUCUUUAACUGGGGCCAGCGGAAGCAGGUGUGUACAACCGACGUGGACUGAAGACUCUGCCCCUGUGAAGGUGGGUGGGCCUGAUGUGCUGCCCCUCAGGGUCCUAAAACUGGAGUGGACUCGGCUAGUGAGAGAGCGGCCCUGGACCGAGAUGUGAGUCCUGCAGACUUCCUGUCCACCUCCCACCUUGGUGUCAAGUACCGGCGGAAUUCCAGCUUGAAGGAUUGCAUCCUGCCGAGGCUGCACAGGCCUGCCAAAGACGUGUGCGUCCUGCGUUCCUGGCUCCCUCGUUCAGAGACUGCCCUUACAGAGGGCUCUGCGCCUGUGCCUUGAAACAACCACCAGAAGAAAACAAGUGUGUGUAAACUUCUAUCAAUAAAUGACACCCAGACCUCCCAA